AUGAAAAUGGUCAGUGAACGUUUACAUAAUGCAUCAAUGCUUUUACUUGUUCAUAUUUAUUUACAAUGGACAUCACUUAUUGAAAUUUUAGCAAAAAAAGAAAGUGGAUUAUCAACAGUAAAUAAAAUACAAAUGUAUUCAAUAGAUUUGUUUGUAUUUUAUUUUGAUAAUAAUCUAUUAAUUAAUAUUAGGGAAAGUGUUACUCAACGAUUACGUGAUCCAUUAUUACUUGGUUCAGCUAUAAUUCUUGCAGCAUCAAAAUGUUUUGUUAUGGAAUGA